GAGAUGCAGAGAAGAGCAGGACUCGAGAACAAGAGCCAGGACUGGAGAACAAGACUCAGGACUAUGUGUGUUGGGAAACACACAGGAGUUCUUUCAGAUUUCUGAUCUGGAAGGCAAAGGCUUCAUCACUCAUCAAGGCAUGCAGAGACUGCAUCCUGAGUUACCUCUUGGCCUGGAAGAGCUUCACAAAGUUUUUGUUACGUUGGAUGCUGAUGGCAACGGCUCCCUUACCCCAAAGGAGUUCACCACAAGAUUCAGUUGUUUUCUCCCCAGCUGUGAAGUUCCAGAUAAGAUGACAAUGGAAAUUGCUUUGAAAAAUGAGAUGAUGCAACACUUAGAAGGUGAAACAGCCUGCCCAUUUAAAUGUGAAGAGAGCAUGAGUGAUGAUGAGGAUGAAGAAUUCCAGUUCUCAAAUCUGAUACAUCUGCUUGGAGCUAAAAAGGUUUCGAACAAUCAGAGUGAUGUGAAGCAACCUUGUUUGCAGCUGAGAAAAGACAAUCCUCAUUUACUUUCCAGUUUUGAAGAGUUCCUGUUCAGAAUUUUUUCUGAGCUCCAAGAAGUAGGUAAUGAAAAGAACAGUUUGGAAUGUGUUCUGGAAAGGAAAAUUGCUGCUUAUGAUGAAGAAAUUAAACAUCUCUGUGAGGAAAUGGAACAGCAAAUCAAAAAGGAGAAGAAACAGUUUCUCUUGAAA